AUGAAAAUUUUAAUCCUGAAUUUGCUAUAUUUAAUAAUUCAAUGCUAACCAAAUGAGGUUUAAAGUAGUAGUAAUAAUAAUUAUGAUUCGUCUGAAUCAAGCUCUAGGGAAUAGGAAUAUGAUUAAAACGGUUAUCCAAUUGAACAUAAUGAAAAUGGAGGAGGAUUAACAGAAUUUUUAGCAAUAAUUUUCAUUGCUGUACUGAUCGCUAUUGUAAUACCAAGAAUAAAAGAAUCUGAAAAAGAAGUCCCUGCUGCUAGAAAUCAAAAUAAGAAUAAUUUAGAUGAAUUGAACUAAACAAUUAAUAGCAUAGCCUAAAAAUUGUAAGAAGGAAAAUUGGAAAUGUCAUUCACCUUUAACGAUUUAUGGGUCUCAUAAAAGAUAGAGAAGGUUACAGUAUCAUAAGAUGGGAAUGAAUUGAGUUUCCGAAUGUAUGGUUAAGAUCGUUACGGAUCAUGGACUUAGUUUGGUAGAAUGAAUAUUAAUCAAUUCAAUCAAAUUGAAACAUUCUCUAGAAAAAUGUAUGAAGAGGCUGAGCUACACAAGGGUGAUGAAUUGGUUUAUCAAGGACAAUUUGAUGAUUCAGAUUAAUCAAUUAGAGGAGAUUGGUAUUAUGUUAAGAGUAAGCAAAGAGGAAAGUGGGUCUUAAAACUAAAAUGA